AUGCGCUACCCACGAGCACAGCGAAAGCGAGGCGCUGCCAUAGUUUUGCUCAAGGAGACGACCCGAAUAAAACGAAAUGCGAAGGUAGCCGUAGUUAUAGACGUUAGGCUCGUUAAAGGAGUAGUACGAAGUCAAGCAUUUGUCACGGAUGAUGGAUUGUAUAUGAUAAUACGCAUCGAUCCCAACUUUACUCAAAAUAAUAUGCUGUACUACUAUAAUCUGACCGGUUUCGAUAGCAGCCGAGGUGCGAUAACGCCUAAACCACUUUUUGAAAAACUGGAUGCAAAAUAUGAUUAUAUCGACCAUGAUGAUGAUUCUAUGUUGAUACUCACAAAUCAUGAAGCACCUAAAUUCAAAUUGCUCCGUGUGUCACUAAAAAAUGGAUCAGUCUGGGAUGUUGUACCCGAACACCAAAAAUUUAUUCUGGAUAGCGCUAAAGUUGCCGCACACAAUCGCCUUGUCUUGUUGUAUCUUGAUGACGUUAAGCACACUCUUCAUGUGCACGAUCUUCAGGAUGGAGCUUAUAUGCACUCGUUGAAUUUAAUAGAAGGCAGCAUUGACUAUGUUGUUGGCAAAAAGAGCCAGGAUGAGAUAUUUUUCGUCCUCGAAACUAUGAUAAUCCCCUCCAUUGUUUAUCGUGUGGAUUUUUCUUCAAACACGUCGUCUCCCAAGUUAGAGGAAUUACGGCGUUCUGUAGUCGAAGGUAUAAAUGAGGAAGAUUUUCUAGUACAGCAAGUGUUCUUCAGUAGCAAAGACGGAACAAAGGUCCCCAUGUAUAUAGUUUCUUCAAAGAAUUCAUCGCAAAGUGGUGACGCACCCGUUCUACUUUAUGGCUAUGGCGGUAAGUAA